AAUCCCAAAUCAAGAUUUAAUUAAACCAUUUCUUUCAAUACCAAAAUGUCCAAUAAUCUUGAAGCAUUUUUGCACAGCAUUAUUGUUGCUAGUAGUUCAGAUGCUGAGCUGGUAUCCAAUACUGUACUGCCACAAUUGAGGGAUCUGAUAAAGGCAGUAGUCACUGAGACAUUUGACCAAGAAUUGAAGCCCGUGAUUGAGGAUUUGUUUCGUACAAUUGUACAAGAGGUACUUGAAAGCAAGCUGUCAGUUGUUCAGAGGAACCCGGAGGAUGAGAUCCUCGCUUCAAACCCGAGAGCCUUGAAGCUGAAGUUUAUAGAAAAGGCGGUCGUUUCUCCAGUUUAUACCGGAGUGGAAAUCAAAGGAGAAGGCGGUUGUCCUCUUCGGGUGGCUUUGUUUGAUGAUAUCACUGGAAAUAUUGUGGUCUCUGGACCUAAUGCCUCUCUAGAAGUCGAAAUUGUUGUGCUCAAGUUCGACUUUGGUGCUGGUGGAAAUGAUUCUUGGACAGGUCAAGAAUUCAUUGACAGCAUUGUGAGAGAAAGGGAAACAAGAAGGAAUUCCAGGAGACCAAACUCUCUUCUUACCGAACGUGUUCUUGUGAAACUAGACAAAGGUGUUGGCAAUGUGCACAAUGUUAAAUUCAGACACACUUCGAGUCAUAUGAAGAACACUCAGUACCGCCUCGGGGCACAUGUUACUCAUGAAGACCUUUCUCGUGGUACUCGAAUCCAAGAAGCAAUCACACACCCCUUUCUUGUCAAGGAUAAGCACAUCCUCCGUAACUUGAAGCACGAUACGCCAUCACUAUCUGAUGAUGUGUGGCGGUUAGUGCACGUUGGCAAACACACGUAUCACCGUCUACAAGAGAAAAGAGUUUUCACAGUGGAAGAUUUCCUGAUUCUACACCUCAGAGAUCCUAUGCUUCUUAAAAAAACACUUCGUAUGAAGCCAAGUAGUUUAGAAGAAACACUGAACAAUGCUAAAAGAUGCAUCAACAACAAGAUAUACUGUCAUACCGAUUCCCAUCGAGACAGGGGGGUGGUUUUCAACGUUUUUGGUCAGGUUCUUGGACUAAUUCGUGGAUCACAAUAUAUACCCACUGAUGAUCUCUCACAAGAUGAGAUGGCUAAUGCCCCGGAAUUGUUAGCAUCUGCAUAUGAACAUUGGGAGGAGGAGGUAGAGUGUUUCGACGAGCUGACAUCACUUGUGCAAAAGUUUCCUCCUAAGCUGCUAUCCAGGUCCACAAGUUUGAUUAAUGGAAUGUUUGAAGAGUUGUAUGAUGAAAACGAAGAUGAUGGAGCCGGUUCUAGUACUGCAAAUGAUUUCGGUUCUACAACCUGUCCUCUGAACAAAGAUGAACUAAUGGCAUUGUUUUUCGAAAUCGAAAGGCAAGCUAAUGAGGCAAGUCGAGCCACGAAUGAACCUCGGAAUGGUUCUAUCGCUAAUGGAAAAGUGUUGAAGAAGUGGAAGAUAUUGGUGAACAUAGUGAAAUGGCCGGCUAACACAAAGAAGAGGAAGAGGUGUGGCCAUAUUGGAAGUUCAUGUUCAAAAGAAGGCUAGACACUCUUAAUUCACUUCAAUUCUGAUCUGUUCUUGGUUACAGCCUAACAAGAUAUUUGGAGGACAAGAUCAGAAUAUGAAGAGAAUAAUGCACAAGUCUUUGACCACUUUCUCAGAUCUGGGUUUCUGCACUUUUAACUUUCAUCUUCUACUAAUAUUUGUAUUUUUUUUUUUUUCCUCUCAUCUCAUUUCCUUUUCAUUCUUCUUGGCUCUGGUCUCAAAUUUUUUGUAAAGUUUAAUUACAAUAAUUUAAUCUAAAUUAUUGUAAUUUAUUUGUUAUUUUU